UUGUUAACCACUCUCUAGUGUGACAUAAGAUGGAACCAGGUCUUGAGAAUAUAAUCAAACAAACUUCACUUCGAUGGAUUUUUGUAGGAGGAAAAGGGGGAGUCGGGAAAACUACAGCGAGCUGUUCUCUGGCCAUCGAACUUUCCAAAGUUAGGACUAGUGUUCUACUUGUCUCUACUGAUCCAGCACAUAACCUAAGCGAUGCAUUUGACCAGAAAUUUUCCCGCCAUCCUAUUGCCGUGAAUGGAUUUGAAAAUCUUUUUGCAAUGAGUAGGCUGGUAAGCGAUCUGACUUAUUCUGUCGUGGUGUUCGAUACUGCUCCGACAGGGCACACAAUCAGAUUUCUGAGUCUCCCCGGAGUCCUUGAGAAUAAUGUCAGCAAAUUGCUCAGACUUAAAGGAGUUCUCUCUCCAAUCCUCCAGCAAAGGAUCUUGGGGGUGGAUAGCAGUUCAUUGGCAACAUUUUUUGACAAACUUUCCGUCUAUUCUGAUCUGAUAAGUCGCUUAAACGCAGAGUUCCACGACGCUCUAAAAACAACGUUUGUUUGCGUUUGUAUCGCGGAGUUUCUUUCAGUUUUUGAGACUGAACGACUUGUGACAUUUCUGAUGGAUUCGGAAAUUGAUGUGCGGAAUAUUGUGGUCAACCAACUCCUUCCAUCAACGGGGAAUAAGGUUGGAAGGGAAUGUCCUCGAUGCAGUGGUAGACUUGAAUUGCAGAGAGAAUAUCUGGAUAAAGUUGUUUUUUUAGUUUGUUGUCAGAUUAAUGUGUUGUAUUCUGAUUUUCAUGUGACUUUGGUUGUUCAAGAGACGACGGAAGUGCGGGGGACUGAUUUGUUGAGGAUAUCACCAGACAAUUCCGAAAUUCCUCGGAAAAUUGAAUCGUUGGAUAGCUACGUCCUUAAGCUUGACUGUCCUUCUGUCUGGAAUGUCGUCAAUUUGUGUUGUGGAGGGGAAGACGUGGGGGUCACUGUGAUCUCCCAUUUCAUAGACGACGAUCAUAUAAUGGGCGAUAUUAUGUUACUUAUCCACAAAGUAUUCUCAAAGUCAGACGACAUUGCCCACCCUCUUAAUGUUCUGUGGCUGUAUUCUCUCGCCAUCAACUUUGAUGCCGAUUUUUUCAUAUUAAUUGAACUUCUGGUCGCUACAUCCUCUAUUCGCAAAGUGAUUCAGAAAACAAAAGACACAUCAUUUCUACUCUGGCCGAUCAAUGUAGAUGUCUAUCAAAAAUACUCUCAACCACAAUGGGAAACUGCGAAUAAACUAAUCCAUGACUACAUCUCCACUCGUGCUAUCAGGAUGCUUAAAAACAACAAACUUCUCAACUCUCCCCCCCGCCGGUCCACUCCUCAGAGCAAUCACUCGGCAGAUAUCUCCGUGGUCCAGCUUGCUCAGAUUCGCUCGGGACAUCAUCCACUCAUUUUCGAAACAUACCGUUCCUUCACCCCUGAAGACCUCUUCCCCUGUCCUGGACCGCCUCACUUGUCUCCGCCUAUUGGGAUUCGGGAUCUCUGUGAGCGCCCGAUCUUCGCGUCUCGCUACCUGAUUGCAGCCUACAUAACUAACUAA